UCGGCCCGCCGCUCGCUGCGCCCCGCUCCUCGGCGCCGCAGCCUCCGCCGCAGCCGCCGCCGCUCCCGCCGCCACCGCCGCUGAGUAGAAGAUGGCUGUACCUCCCACAUAUGCCGAUCUUGGCAAAUCUGCCAGGGAUGUCUUCACCAAGGGCUACGGAUUUGGCUUAAUAAAGCUUGAUUUGAAAACAAAGUCCGAAAAUGGAUUGGAAUUUACAAGCUCAGGCUCAGCCAACACUGAGACCACCAAAGUGACGGGCAGUCUGGAAACCAAGUACAGGUGGACCGAGUACGGGCUGACGUUUACGGAGAAAUGGAACACCGACAACACACUGGGCACCGAGAUCACCGUGGAAGACCAGCUUGCACGUGGACUGAAGCUGACCUUCGAUUCCUCCUUCUCGCCUAACACUGGGAAAAAAAAUGCUAAAAUCAAGACAGGGUACAAGCGGGAGCACAUCAACCUGGGCUGUGACGUGGAUUUCGACAUCGCUGGGCCCUCCAUCCGGGGUGCUCUGGUGCUGGGGUACGAGGGCUGGCUGGCUGGCUACCAGAUGAACUUUGAGACUGCCAAGUCCCGAGUCACCCAGAGCAACUUUGCCGUCGGCUACAAGACCGACGAAUUCCAGCUCCACACUAAUGUGAACGAUGGAACGGAGUUUGGCGGCUCCAUUUACCAGAAGGUGAACAAGAAGCUGGAGACGGCCGUCAAUCUUGCCUGGACAGCAGGAAACAGUAACACUCGCUUCGGAAUAGCAGCCAAGUAUCAGAUCGACCCUGACGCCUGCUUCUCGGCGAAAGUGAACAACUCCAGCCUGAUAGGAUUAGGAUACACUCAGACCCUAAAGCCAGGUAUCAAACUGACACUCUCAGCUCUGCUGGAUGGCAAGAAUGUCAACGCUGGCGGCCACAAGCUUGGUCUAGGACUGGAGUUUCAAGCAUAAAUGAAUACUGUACAAGCGUAUAAUUUUAAACUAUUUUGCAGCAUAGCUACCUUCAGAAUUUAGUGUACCUUUUGAUGUUGUCUGUCUGGGAUGGAAGUGUUGCUCAGUAUCACGUUAGAGCUUCAGGUUACAGGUGUUACCCUACAGAGGUACAGAAGAAACCCCAGUCCAAGGAGAGAUCCUUGCAGCUGCAGACUUGGGGGACUUAGUGACUCCCAGAGAUGCCAGGUUUCUUUUUUAUCUACAAAUGGAUGCAAUGGAAGCUGAUACUGUGUGGACACUUUAUAAAUCCACAUUGAGUGAAUGGAACCGUGGCCUCCUAGCCUUGCGGAUGAGAGGCUUAUUGCUUGAUGGGGUGUACAGACUCAUCCGAAAGGGACUUUUUAGACAGAUCUUCAUGACCUUGCCCCACCCCAGUCCAUCAUCUCCUCUUUUACACCAAGAGUAGUUUGCUGGGUGUGGUAGCUGUGUCCUUCGUGCCAUUCUGGGGUGGAGAGGGUGGAUGUGACGAAGCCAACAAUUCAGACUCAGUUCUUUCCCGUGUUGCUCAGAGCAUGAAAUCACUUCUCUAGCUCAGGCGAAGCGUGGGGCAGAGCCGGUGUGGUUGUGAUCCUGGGGUGACAACACCCGGAAUCUAAAUUGGACUUCUGUUGUAUUCUCACCACUCAGUUUAUUUUUUAGCAGUUUAAUGGGUACAUUUUAGAGUCUUUCAUUUUGUGUGGAAUUAGAUUCCUCCCCUUCAAAUGCUGUAAUUAACAUCACGUAAAAUAAAACUUGAAUAAAAUAUUGAAACCUCA